GACCGCCAGGUCAGGAGAGUUCAUUAAUUUUUUGUAAACAACAUUGUUGUAGCAACGGAGUGCGGGUUACAGUAUUUUUCAUGUAACUUACAUGUUUUUAUAUCUUGCUAUGCCUACUUCUCUUCACAUUUGUUAAUUAAGUGUGGUUUAUCAACGUAUAAAUCGUGAUGACUACAUUAGAGGAAGCUAGUCGGACGUGUAAGAGGAAUCGAACAUUUGUUGGACGCCCUCAACCCAUAAGGAGUGGCAUUAAACUUACAAAAGUGAAGCCUGCGGCAAAUCGCUCAGAUUUUCUGCUGGAUGAUCAGAUGUUCCUUGUGAAAGACCUCCAAGAUGCACUGGAAAAUGCAAUAAAUUGCUAUGGAAACGCUAAAUCAGAAGAUGAUAAGGUUCUCAGCAAAAUUAAGAUCGAUGACCUCAAAGCUAAAUGUGAAGAAAUGGUUCUUGUAUUAAAGGUUGUUGACAAGAUCAAUCGGGAGUUGAUGUAUGCAAGAGUUGAGCUGACAAGAGCAGCAAAGGUGGGACGUCACGUCCAAGUGGCCCGAAAGAGAGUUGCCUGGCUUGAGGAUCGGAGAGAAAAACUUCUGAUGAAAUACAGAAGACCACCAUCAUCCAGGUUACAGAAAAUUGAAAAAUCUGCCUUUCUUUCUGACUCUGAUGAAGACUAUCCAGCAAAGAUUCCUACUACUGCAGAUGCUGCUCUUCCAGACCCAUAUUCUUCCAACUACUGGCAGAACACAUUCUCAUCCCUUGAUCCUGUGCUUCCAACUUCUCCAGUCUGCUACUACAAAUCAAAGAAUCCUGUUGAUCAUUCGCUUCCCCAAUAUGUCUUCCCUGAAAGUUCAUUUAAAAGUAUAGAGGUGGUGAAGGCCAGGCGUUUAAAGAAGAAGCUGCCACUAAAGCAGAGACCUAAAAGUGAUGGAGCUGGAAGAGUGGUGUUCAAACCAGAGAAGUCAAUACUGAAGUCAUCCCAGAGUUCUAGAAGUUUUGGUGGUGGUGAUGCUGUUGCUGAAAUUGGUGCAUCCCAGUACAGGGAGCAAACAGAGGUGUCAAUCUACCCACAGAACUCAGUGACAACUGUUAACACCCCUGAAGUUUAUUCAGAGAUUAGUGACAGCAGACCCAGCACCAGACAUCGUAGUAAAAGGCAGCUUGCUUCCAGUCAGCAACAGAGGACAGGAAGUAGAGGCAGUGAUGGUGGUGUGUUCAUUACUGAGGGUACAGAGGAGGAUUUGGUCAAGGUUCUAAGGAAGGUGUCAGUGAUAUCGCCUCAGAGGUCAGAUGAAGAAGAGGAAGAUGAGGAUGAUGAAGAUGCAGAGGAGGAAUUUGAUUUGACAAGAGGAGAACUGCAACCACCGCCCUCUAGAGGGCGAAGUGUGGCAACAGAUGCAACAGACGAAUAUUGGAUGUCAGAUCACCACCGAUUUGAGUACAACCAGUUCGUUGAUGCAUUAAUUAAGGACAAUCCUCGAUCUUACCACUCUCUUGGUAUUGCGGUGCAGUCUACGUUCAUGUCUCCAGCCAAUACAGGUGGUCCUGAGUUGCCUUGGUUAAAUGGUGUUACAGCUGGAAACAUGGGUGAUGCCCAGAGUUGGGAGACUGUGACAAAAAUUGCUCUGGACAAACUAUCAGAGAGAAUUCACAAGAUGUACAGUAAAGUGGAAGAUGCAGCAAUGCAGUCCGCUCAGUUGGCGCCAACACCGGUAGAAACAGAACCCACAUUAUUGACUACAGUGGAAGGUCGAAUGAAUGAUUAUCCUCAGAAACAAGGCUUUGAGAGCAAGCCCGAGUCAACUAAGAGCAUAAGAAGUGUAAGUGUAACUGCAGCAAACAACAAUGAAACAACUUCAGAUCCAGCAACAGAAAACCAAGCCUCUGAGGCACAAUCUCAAACGCAAAAGAUGAACCAACCUGAGGCAACUGUCUCGGAUCACGUCAAACAGCAAGGGGCUGCAGGCCUAAGCCUGCUGUACCAUCCACCAGCUAUCCCAGCUCCUGAGGUGCUUCCACUCACUAGAACAAACCCAAGUAAAGUUUACCCUCGAAUAUCAAGUGACUGGAAUGAUGUUGACCCAGAUCCCAUACCUCCUACAAUCCGAUUGGUCAACCAGAUGAAUGUUGCUAAGGAAACAAGCCUGUUGCUGUACAAGAAUAAGGAAUCAAAAAGAACAGGAUUUACUUUACCAGUGAAGAAAAAACCAGGAAAAAAAUCACAAACCUUGAAAAAUGUGAGUCUAGCGAACCAUCCGAUCCUGGCGGCCAGUAAAGUAGCAGCAAUGAUGGCCAAUAGAAAAAGUGCCGAUGCUCUAAAACUGGACAAGGACAGUCUGAAAUGGAAGAGAAUUGAGAAUUUGAUUUAUGAGAAGUUGAUAUCAAAGAAUAUACAGGAGAGAAGAGAUGCAGCAAUGCACUUAGGCUCUCUGCAAUGUGUAAAUGAAGAGGUGUUUGCUGCCCUCAUUCAACGGGUUGAGGAAGACAAAGAUGCCAAGGUUCGUUACUCAGCAAGUAAAAGUUUGAUUAGCCUUGGGUGCUGGAGACCGGUGCCAAUUGCAGCACUUCUGAAUUAUUUAAAAUCAUCUGACCAACCAAUUCAGUCGGAUAUUGUGAAAACAAUUAUAUCGGCAAGGAAUGUUCAUUUUGUUAAUAAGAAUCAGCCAGUCAUGAAGGAGUUGAUUGAAAAAUUAAAAGAGUUCUGCCAGAGUGACUCUGCACCUGAGUUAGCAUACAACAGUGCUGUGUGUCUUGGGUGUUUGUGUGAACAGAAUCGAACAGCCAAGAGGAAAUUACUUCAGAGCCUUCAAGACAAAGAUUCAAACACCAAAGCUCAAUCACUGGAGAUUCUUGUACGGCAAAUGCAUGCAACAGAGUCUGAAGUUAUACAGACAAUCCUGACACAACUGCAGACAUCACCAGUUGGGCGACACAGAUCUGCAGCUGCCAACCUCCUGAUCUUCCUUGGCUCUGUGUGUAUACCAACCCAAGAGGCAGCACAGAAUGUGUUCAGUGUUCUCGAACAGAGACUGUAUAAUGAUCCAGUGAAGGAUGUACGGGUUGAAAUUGCUAAUGCUAUUACAGCUCUUGGUAUGAAAUCCUGGCUAAUGGAUAUUGUAGAGAAGCGUUUAGAGGAUGACGAUGAUAGUGUUAGAACCAGUGCUGUUAUAUCAGUGGGUGUUCUGGGAAUGAAAUCUGACAAGGUAAUCCGUGUACUGAUAGACAUGCUAGAGCUGGAUUCCUCAGAGUAUGUGCGGUUAAUGGUUAUCAGGACAUUUGCUCAGCUUGGUGUCGCCAGCAUCAAGAUCAUGAGGUCUUUGAAGGACAAGGAAAGAUCAGGAGGACCUCUUGGCAGAGAAGCAAGCAAUGCAUUGAAGAUCCUUCAAGGCCUAGGUUCACAGAAACCCCCAAAAAAUGCAGGGUUACCCUCGCCAUCAAGAAGCCCACAUAGAGUGGCGAGUCCUAAUAGGGCAGGUAGCCCAGCUCAGCAUAGAAGUUCUGUAACCAUGAGCAAGAACAGGAAAGACAAACACAAAAAGGCCAUGUUCACACACACAAUCUAACAGUUAGCAUGAUCCAGAUAAAUAACAUGCCCUUGUGUUCAUACAAGAAAAUCCCUGAUCCAGAUAUAAAGAUGACGGUGGGAUCAAUGGUCAAUAGGAAACAGGAAAUGCUUAUGUGUGAUUGGUUAAUGAUAGAAAUGCACUCAACUUCCUACAGAUAGCGCUUGCUAACCGAUAGCGUAUUCACUUCCUGAUAACAGUUAGCACUAACCAAUCGGGUGUUCUCACAUGCGUGUCAACGGUUAGGACUAGAUAAUGAGGCUGUUUGUGAAAUCGUGGACUAGGUGCAGAUAAAUGAAAUAGAUUUUUGCAAUAAUGUUGCAUGGUAAAUUACCAGCACUACUCUCUCUCUUAUCAGAUACCACUGUACCAUCUAGUUUACGAAUAUUCAUAAUUGAAUAGAAUAAUGUUUCUCAAAACUUUAAUCCUGCAGUCCACAUAAUUUUACUUGAGUUUAAUUUCAGAACCAUUCUGAAAAAUGAUACCUCAUAGCAAAAUGCUUGAUCAUUGAGGCUGUUUUAAAGAUAAAACACAAGUUUUCAUUAUCAUCAUCACCAUCAUCAUCAUCAGCAAAAUUUAUUGUUAUGUAAACCUAGUUUGCAAUGUAUAGUUUGAAUAAAAUAUGAACUAAAGAACUUA